AUGGCAAUAAAUGUUGACUAUUAUUUGAAUCGAAUACGUUCUACAGUAACUUCAGUAGCAGCACAAGUAAGUAAUGCUUUACCGGGAAAUCCAGUAACACGAGAUUACGAAGUAUUAUCACAAGUUGGAAGUGCUGGACCGGUAUUUAGUUGGAAAAUUUAUGCAGCUCAGAAGCGUUCAACUAAAAAGCCUGUUUCCGUCUGGUUAUUUGAGAAACGUAAUUUGGAAAAGUGGCCAAAAUAUGAAAGGGAAUUAUUUUCGGAAAUCUUGAAGAGAGGAGUAUCACAACUUACCCGUUUAAGACAUCCACGCAUUCUUGUUAUUGAACAUCCACUUGAAGAAUCUCGAGAUUCGUACGCUUUCUGUACAGAGCCUGUGUUUGCAUCAUUGGCUAACGUUCUUGGACAUUUAGAUAAUAUAUCUCCUUAUCCGACACAUUUAGAUGAAUUCGAACUUUUGGAUAUUGAAAUUCGCUAUGGACUUUUUCAAAUUGUUGAAGCUUUAUCAUUUUUGCAUAUUGAUGUGCGGAUGAUGCAUCGAAAUAUAUCACCUGAAAGUGUGAUAAUCAAUGAAAAAGGUGAAUGGAAAUUAGCAGGUUUUGAUUUUGCGGUGCAAGGUACGCAAGGUGCCAAUAAUCAGGUGAUGUAUGAAAUGUUGGAAUGGAAUCAGCGAACUAUGUCUGUUGUCCAGCCGUUAUUAGAUUAUUUAGCUCCGGAAUAUGUAAUUGGUGGCCGGUGUGAUCCUUAUGCUGAUAUAUUCUCGUUUGGAAUUAUGGUGCUAACGGUUUUUAAUAAAGGAAAGCAGCCAUUUGAUAACAGAAAUUCGUUGGAUAAUUUUCGCAAAAAUACUGAAAAGUUAAACACAUUACCGGUGUCAAUGUUUGUGAAUGUUUCUGCUGAGCUACGUGACGAUCUAAAAAUGUGCCUGAAUUUAACACCUGAUCUCCGACCCGAUGCUACUCAAUUUUCUAAGAUUGCCUACUUUGAUGAGCCAUUAAUUCGAACACUGAACAGUCUGGAUUCUUUAUGCCAAAUGGACUACACUCAGAAAAUGAAUUUUUUCAAGCAGUUACCGCAGUUCUUGAUGAAAUUCCCAAAACGACCGCUUGUGCAAAAAAUUCUCCCGCAACUAUGUGCAGAAUUUAUUGCAGCAGAAUUAAUACCAUUCAUUCUUCCUAGUAUUUUUCAUAUUACUGCAACAGCUAACAGCGAUGAAUUUACUGCUGCAAUUUUACCGCAAUUAAUCCCGAUAUUUACUCUUGACCGACCAUACCAAAUUUUGUUGAUGUUUUUGCAAAAUAUGGAUCUGUUACUGCAAAAAACAAGCGAAGAAGAUGCUCGUAAAUAUCUAUUACCUUUAAUUUGUAAUGCUUUAUCCAGCGAGACAGUAAAAAUCCAGGAAUUGUGUCUUUCAAUCGUUCCAAAAGUUGCCACAAUGAUUGAAAGACAAUCUAUGAAAACGGAAGUGUUACCCAAGUUGCUACUAUUAAUUAUAGAUGGAGGAGGAGUGUUAACUAUACGAGUUCAAGCACUGUUAUGCAUAGGGAAGUUAUUGCCUUCUCUGGAGCCAUGGAUGGUAACGGAACAAAUCAUUCCAGCUUUACCGAAAGUGAUUAGCCGGGAGCCAGCAAUUCUUAUGGCUAUUUUGGGGAUCUAUAAGUUAGCUUAUGAAGAGAGUCGUUUUGGUAUAACUCGAGAACAAUGUGCCAGAAGUAUUUUGCCAUUUCUGAUUGCUUCUUCCAUGGAGAACACAUUGAAUAUGCCUCAAUUUGAACAAUAUAUGUCAUUGAUACAUCGCAUACUAGAUAAAAUUGAGAAAGAACAACGACAACGAUUACAACAACUAAGUGCUACUCAAGAGGAACAGCGUAGCAUUGGCGAGUUUGCUAGUGUACUUGGACAAUCAAUUACUCAGAACAAGGAUUUAAUAUCUGACAAUCUAUCAGAUUUGGUUAUCAAUGGAUCAAUAAAUGGGAAAGCAAAUGAUACUAAUAGAAAUACUGGACCAUUGAGUCUUGCUGAUAAGAAACGAUUAGCAGCGGAGCAAGAGCAGAGCUUACGAAUGCGUAAUCAACCAAAUCUUUUGCAACCAGUUAGUGCUAGCGAAAGUAUAAAUAAGAGCCAGUCUACAAAUUCAAAAUUUAUUAUCUCACCGAUUGAUUCUGCUGUACAGGAAAUUGGUUGCAAUUUAUUAAUCCCGUCUAAUUCUAUUUCAACAUAUCAGUCUCAAAUAGAUCUCUCCGAUUUUUUUCCUUCAUCAUCUAUCUCUGAAAAGAUGAAGAAUGAAGGUACAGUGAAGAAUGCAGAUAGUUCUAUUUGGCCAGAAUCAUUUAGAACAGAACAAGAUAACUCAUUUAUACAUCAAUCAACAACAGUUAAUGCAAUUAAUUUACCUAAACCACCAGUUGUACAAAAUCCAGUAGCUAGAAGUGGUUUAGGUCAACAAAUGGCAAUGAAUCGAAGUGAAAAUGUAUCAUUGAAUGAAGUGAAUAAAAAGUUAAAUAUGUCUGCUUUUGAUGAUAUUGUAUGUUUUCCAACUAAACUUAAUACAAAAAAUAAUUUUUCAUUAAAUUCAUUGAGCACUCUAAACACAAAUUCUAAACAAAAUAACUUAAUAAAUGACAUUUCUGAUUUGUUACGAUAA